CAGUGAAUCGGGCCAAGCAUUUGGUUCACGAAAAUUGUGGUUGGUGAUUUGCCGAGCUGUGAAAAUCUUCCGUUCUACCGUCUGUGAUUCGUUCGGAACUCAACACCGUCGCUGGAUCCGCAAUCGUCGAAUUCCUUACUACGAGUCAUCGAACUGGAUUCUGGACCAACUCUUUCUGUUCCGGGGUAGAAUGGAGAGUUUAAGCGCCGAAGAUCUGUCGAAAAUAGGUGGAAUCGCCACGGUUUCUCUUCUGCAUUCCUUCAUACCGACGCACUGGCUGCCGUUCUCCAUCGUCGGCCGAGCUCAGAAAUGGACUCUCUCCAGGACUCUCUUCGUCACGGCAUUUGGAGCAGUUCUGCACGUGAUAUCAACUUCACUUCUUGGUAUAACAGCAAUCACCAUUGCAGACAGUAUUGCUGGUGAAGAAACAGUGCAUAAACUUGCUUCACUUCUGCUGGUUAUUCUUGGUGGUAGCUAUAUUUUACUCUUUUUAGCUGGAAAGGGUGGCCACAGCCAUUCACACAAUCAGCCAAUGGAGAAAAUGGCUGUUGCCGGACUCGUUCUUGUUCCUGCGUUAUCUCCUUGUGCAACCACGCUUCCAGUGUUUCUUGCUGUUGGUAAUUCAUCCUCCAUGAUGGUCCUUGCCAUCAUAGUCCUGCUACUAAGCACUAUAACCGUAAUGACAUCACUAGUGGCUCUAUCGUUCUACGGUGCAAGCCAGCUCAAGUUUCACUGGGUGGAGCGGUACGAUAAACUUCUUGUAGGUUCAGUGCUGUGUCUAGUGGGAAUUUUGACACUUCUUUUUCAUGAUCAUGAUCAUCACCAUGACCAUGAUGGAGGUGCCAUUGGAGAACAUUUGGGGCGUAAGCUCAUUGUGCUUUGAGGACAUGUGUUCCUUAAUGUGGUAAAUGUGAGAAUCUAGAUAAAGAAUUGAAUAUAUUAAAGAAUGUCUUCACCCUAAAUCAACUAGCACUUUAUGUAAACUAUUGUUGUUUCGAUUUUCAGGCUCUCGGUUCAAGCUUAUUUAAUUGUAACUUGUAAGAUGUGUGUGUUGAUUUCUAUGGCUGUCCUAGCGGGCCAGGUUUUAGGUUUGUGAUGCUAGGAUUGCAACUUAAUGGCCUAUUGUGGAUUGAGAUGGUUAUGCUGGUG